AGAAAAAAAAAACAUCCAAUUAGUCCAAUGAAACCAAGUUUCAAGAACGGAAAGUUCGCCACAUCCAUCUACGAAAAAUGUCUCUGCCAAAAGAAUGGAAUCUCCAGACAUCGCAGGAGUGUCUUAAUCAGUACCUGCGCCCACAAAGCCUCUUUUCGGAGGAUAUCGAAAUACAACCCCACGCGGAUGAUAACCGACUCUUCGAUGGCGUCUACCAUCCAUCCAUACCGGAACAGCGAUGCCGGGCGCCUCUCAAUGCCGCCCUGCUGGCCGAGUUCGAGAACAGUGGAUCCAUGUUCUCGAUCCAGUCCGCACCGGUCGUCACGGCCUGCAAGGAACCCGCCACCAUGCCGAACGAUUCCACGGUGGCCACGGCACCAUUGGCCGGCGGCAAGUUUACCGGCGAAGGUGACGGACGACGAUCGACGUACGCGAACGACGGUGCGACCCUGCUCGAUGACUUUGGUCCACCACCGCAACCAGUGGCCGGAGCAGCGGGUGGGCGUAACGAUACCCUGCUCAGACCGUCCUCGCUUGCACUCGACACGCACUACAGCCUGGCCAAGCCACACACCGCGGUGGAGCCCCAGCCUUCGACCGAGCUGGACGAGGAUGACAAUGAGAACCUGUUGACUGUUUCGAGUUUAACUGCGCGCCCGUUGAUAGCAAAAUCUCGUGAGAUAAGAAGCAAAAAACAAAAGCUUCAUAUCCAGCGGCAACGAAAGCAGGUACCAUCGGAUACCAGCGAGGAUGACGACGAUAGUCCCCCGGACGGUGGUUACGGUUGGAUUAUCGUGUUCGGUGCAUUUUCGGUACAGUUCUGGGUGGCCGGACUGGUCAAAUCGUACGGCGUGCUGUACGUCGAGAUAAUGGAAAACUUCCCAAAUGCAUCGGCCACUACCGCCUCGUGGAUACCGGCCAUUUUGUCGGCGCUGUGUUUGGUACUGGCCCCACUGUCCAGUGCCCUUUGUCAGCGCUUUUCCUGCCGGAUCGUGGUUAUCAUUGGUGGGGUGUUCUGUGGUCUGGGACUGACGCUCAGCUACUUUGCAACUAGCAUGUACCAUUUGCUUUUUACCUUUGGAAUACUGACCGGUAUUGGCGGAGGUCUCUCUACAACACCGGGGAUCGUUAUAGUUUCGCAGUAUUUUGAGAAACAUCGCGCCUUAGCGAAUGGAAUCACCAUCUCCGGUACGGCAGCGGGAAGCUUCGUGUUUCCAAUGCUUAUCGAACGUUUGAUACAUCUGUUCGGUUUUCAUGGCACUCUGCUAAUACUGGGAGGGUGCAUGUUGCACGUGUGCGUGUCCGGCGCCCUUUAUCGCCCUCUGGAAAAGAAGCAAGACCUCGAACCAUCCAAGGAAGGAACGCAAUUCUCAUCGCGCAGCGAUUUCCGCGAAAAUCUGGGCCACCUUAGCUCGUCGGAAGAUCACCUAAGCAAACGGUGCUUGGAGGAUCUGUUUCUAGACGAUCAGAACCGCAACAACAGCCUUACGAUCGACAACAAGUUCGUCAACAUUACGGAAAAAACGCUCCAAGAAAGUGAAGACGAACUGAAAGAUAUCCUCUCGAGUGCAAUCUUUCUUAAGCCCAUUUCGUCGAUCCGUAGCUGCAGUAUUCUGCACUCGGUCGAGGAUCUGAGCACCGAUUCGACCUGCGUCUAUAAGAACCGCGCCAGCGGCUAUGACUCCAAACGGAACAGUAUGCGCUACAAACAGCACCAGCUCCAUCACCAGCGGCAGGAAGCGCAAGCGCGGCCCCUCCAACCGUCGGAACAGCCGAUCGGAUCACAGACGACACUCGGGAUGACGGAAGGGGGCGUCGUGUGUGGGGAAGCUCCACUACUGGGACCACUGUUACUCGCACCGAACGAACUGGACAAGUCGGUCGGCGUGGCACCGGAAGCGGCACCAAAGAAGAUGGUACCAGCCGGCCCAAUACCGACUGUAAUGAGCUCGAACAACAUGUGCGCGAUGGUACCGACGAAGGGGCUGGCACAGAACAACAAUCGGGGUCUGAGCAAGAGCAUGAUCAUACCAACGCCGGUGGGCGAUUUGGAUGAGAUCUUCGAUGAGGAUCCUUACACGGCAUACAACGCAACGUUGCUGGAGAAGAUUAGCCAAUAUCUGGACAUUACACUCCUGCAGGACAUCACGUUCAUACUAAUGUGCCUCUCGGUAGCUUUAAUGUCGGUUGGUUGUCCGUACAUGCUUUACUAUUUGCCAGCGUACGUAAUUUCUGCUGGUUACACCAAAUCGGAAGCAGGAUAUUUGGUUGCUGUCAGUGCGGCCUUAGACUUGAUCGGACGCCUUGCACUGGGCUGGUUAUCGGAUUUGGAUCUGUUUGACAGGAAGAAGGCUUACAUUGUCUGUAUUCUAGGUGCUGGCACCGCCGUACUUACCAUCCCAUCCAGCAGUAACGCUUGGUUCGUGAUUGUGGUCAGUGCCGGUUGCUAUGGACUGUGUUUGGGUAGCUGGUACCUGCUGGUGCCGGUACUACUGGCCGACCUGUUUGGGACGGAACGCAUUAGCUCCAGCUAUGGCUUGGUUCGGAUGUUCCAAAGUAUUGGUGCAAUCUCGGUGCCACCACUAGCAGGUUUGCUGCGCGACGUGUCCGGUGGGUAUGAGAUCUGUUUCUACUGCAUGGGGGUUUGUAUGGUAAUGGGGAGCGUACCGCUGAUUGCCAUCAUUCUGCGCGACUCGAUCGCACUGAAGGACAAGCGGCUCCAGCUGGAACGGACUGCUUAAACUGGGGACGGCU